AGAGAGAGAGAGAGACCGCGGCCUUCGCACCUAAAAUCUGAGGCCCCGCGGCGGCCGCAAUCACAUUCGAUGCCGGCAAGACAAGGCUUCCUCGCACACUGGCAGUUGACUUGUCUCCGCUCGUCCCACCUCAUCCUCCUCCCUGAUUUUUGCCACGAGCUCGUCCUAGCUAGCUACCACUCCCUUAGAGCGCCACUGCCAAGCCAUGGCGGGAGGAGGGGCGGCCUACCAGAGCUCGUCGGCGUCGCCGGACUGGCUGAACAAGGGCGACAAUGCGUGGCAGAUGACGUCCGCGACGCUGGUGGGCCUGCAGAGCAUGCCCGGGCUGGUGAUCCUGUACGGCAGCAUCGUGAAGAAGAAGUGGGCCAUCAACUCGGCGUUCAUGGCGCUGUACGCCUUCGCCGCCGUCUGGCUCUGCUGGGUGGUGUGGGCCUACAACAUGUCGUUCGGCGACCGGCUGCUGCCCUUCUGGGGCAAGGCGAGGCCGGCGCUCGGGCAGCGCUUCCUGGUGGCGCAGUCCCAGCUCACGGCCACCGCCGUGCGGUACCGCGACGGGUCGCUCGAGGCGGAGAUGCUCCACCCCUUCUACCCGGCCGCCACCAUGGUGUACUUCCAGUGCGUGUUCGCCAGCAUCACCGUCAUCAUCCUCGCCGGCUCGCUGCUGGGCCGCAUGGACAUCAAGGCCUGGAUGGCCUUCGUCCCGCUCUGGAUCACCUUCUCCUACACCGUCUCCGCCUUCUCGCUCUGGGGCGGCGGCUUCCUCUUCCAGUGGGGCGUCAUCGACUACUCCGGCGGCUACGUCAUCCACCUCUCCUCGGGAAUCGCCGGCCUCACCGCCGCUUACUGGGUAGGGCCAAGGUCGGCGUCGGACAGGGAGCGGUUCCCUCCCAACAACAUACUGCUGGUGCUGGCGGGGGCAGGCCUGCUGUGGCUCGGAUGGACUGGCUUCAACGGCGGCGACCCGUACUCGGCCAACAUCGACUCGUCCAUGGCGGUGCUCAACACGCACAUCUGCGCCUCCACCAGCCUCCUCAUGUGGACCCUCCUUGACGUCUUCUUCUUCGGGAAGCCGUCGGUGAUCGGUGCUGUGCAGGGCAUGAUCACCGGCCUUGUGUGCAUCACGCCUGGCGCAGGCCUGGUGCAAGGGUGGGCAGCCAUUGUCAUGGGAAUUCUCUCAGGUAGCAUCCCCUGGUACACUAUGAUGGUACUGCACAAGAAAUGGUCCUUCAUGCAGAGGAUCGACGACACCCUCGGCGUAUUCCACACCCAUGCGGUCGCUGGGCUCCUCGGCGGCGCCACUACUGGACUCUUUGCUGAGCCUGUCCUCUGCAACCUCUUCCUCGCCAUCCCGGACUCCAGAGGUGCAUUUUAUGGUGGUGAUGGUGGAUCACAGUUUGGGAAGCAGAUCGCUGGCGCACUCUUCGUCAUUGGCUGGAACAUUGUUAUCACUUCCAUAAUCUGUGUUCUUAUUGGCCUAGUCCUGCCCCUCCGAAUUCCUGAUGCACAGCUGCUUAUCGGGGAUGAUGCUGUACAUGGUGAGGAGGCGUAUGCUAUAUGGGCAGAAGGCGAGCUCAACGAUGUAACCCGCCAAGAUGAAAGCAGGCAUGGCAGCGUCGCUGUAGGAGUCACACAGAAUGUUUGAGCAUAGUUCUUGUAAGGUUGAAAGAAAGAAAAAUACAAGUGCAUUUGUUUGCUAAUUGCUAUUAACUGAUGGCACAAUUGUAUGCAACAAAACACCUGUUCAUGGAGGAAUGUAGAGUGUCAGGAUUUGAUUUAUUUUUUUUUUGGAAUCUGGAAUCUUUUCUGCUUUCAUGAUUGUCUAUGCUGUAUAUUUGAAGCUGUAGAAACAAGAUAUUCUUUGGCACAAA